AUGAAAUCUACAUUAGAAUUAGUAGAGAAUGUUGAAAGAAGAAAAUGGUAUAAAAAUCAAUAUAUUUGGAUCAUUAUUGCUAUCACAUUAUUAGUUUUGACUAUUAUUAUUAUUACAACAAUAUUUUUACUUAAAAAUAAAUUAGAGAAAAAUAACCCAAUACAUAUUCAUUAUACACGUGUAAAUACAAAAGUUUAUCCAGGUGGAUACGAACUAUAUCAAUUAAAUGUUCUUCCUCAAAGAAAUCCAGCACAACAGUAUAAACUUUUCGGUGAUUUUCUUCGUGUAUCACUUGUUAAUAAAUCAAAUUAUGAACAAUUUCUUCCAUCAUGUCCAAUUAUAUUUGCUUUAUCAUCUGUUGAUCAUCCAGAAGAAUGGCGUGCUAUGUUAUUUGGAACAAUGAAAUAUCCAAGUCCAAAUAUGCCAUAUCCAUAUAUAUGUUUUCUAAGUGUUUUACGUGACCAUCGACAGUAUAGAUUAGGUUCAAUUCUUCUCAAUCGAUUUAUAAACGAAAUGUUUAAAGAUACUAAACCUCCUAUUACGCAUAUACAAUUACAUACAAAUUGGGAAAAUUGUCGAGCACAAAAAUUAUACAAUCGUUGUGGUUUUCAAUGUAAUCAAUUUACAGCAAAUGGUUAUUCAAAACCAUACGAACCACAAUAUAAAUUUGGUCAUAUGAUUCGAAUGGAAUUAGAUAUGCAUAAUAUUCGAAAUAGAUCAGAAGUAUGUCUUAGUUCAGAUGCUGUACAAAUAUCUCCGCAAGAUAUGACAAAUUAUGAGACAUUAUGUCAACAAAAUAUACCAAAUGGAACUAAUCGAACAUGUUGA